AUGACGCUUCAACUCUCGCAGCUCGAGCAGCGCAUCACCCAAUACAAGAUGCUCAAACGAAUUGCCAGCAGUGUACGUGCCGCCGACCUUCACAACUUAGCCCUCGCAUCAAAAAUGACAUAUACCAAUAUUCGCGAAACCAAGGAACGGUGGGCCAACUUGGUCAAUCAGGGUGCCUGUGAUGGCUUCGGAUUGAGGCGCCAACUCGACCUUGGCGUGUCUUCGUGCCCUCCAUUUUUUUUAUCGAAGUUUCAGAAUUUACUGGGGCUUGGUACGAGCGACAAGCAGCAGAAUGUGGAGGCUCCCGGGGUGAUAGCCAUGGCUGGAAAGUUUUUGAGACGCGAGCGGGGCUUUUCUCAUAUUCGCGCUCCGGAGAUCGAAGAUCUGAAUCUUGGUGCACACGAUAUCGGUGCAGGACAUGCUCCAGCUUGUUGCGUCGCGCAAGCGGUAUCUAGCAUUGACUGCGCGCGAAGCGGUGGACCUGGUGCCCAGAACGCCGGCGAGGGCUGUCCGGAGGGCGUGUUGAGGGAAGCAGUGUGCGUGUACACUCCAGAUCCGGUUCGAGGAUCGGUGGAUGUGCCUUUAGUGCGCGAUUGCCGAGAACUGCGAGGACAAGGUAUAUUGCUCUCAGAAUCCGCUGGUGAACCCGCCGAUCGAAGAAAAGCUCUUUGAUCGUCGCGAGUUUGGUCGUUUGCCAAAGGAGUGUGCUUGUGGAAAUGAAUUUCAAUUCUGUGGGCCUGAUGCUGCGGCUAUUGUUGAUGUUGUGGUAUUCUGUUCAUGGUGUGGGGGGAGCGUUCCCUCUGAAACUGGUUGGCAUGCCCACCCAACACCGUAUUCAUUCGUACGGAAUUGAGCCCUGAUUAUUCCACCAGACCGAAUGCUCUCACGGUCA